AUGAAUCUCGUCUUCUUUAUCUGUUCCACGAUAGUCCAUCUCUUAUCAUUUCUAUUCAACGGCCUCCUCAUUUAUUUGAUAGUCACUAAAAAAUUAAUCCAUUCUGUGAUCUAUUUGAGCUAUUUGAUUGUGUGCGAGAUCAUCAUCAACAUCACACAAAUUCUCAUCGCCGAGGUGCCGUACAUUUUCGUCGGCUGGCAGACCGCGGAACAGUACAAACUGUGGUAUAUGCUGAUCGUCACCAUAACGAAUAUGGUGGCGUUCGAAAUGCUGUACGUCAUCUCGUUUGUCGGUUCGCUCCACCGAUUUUGGGUCGUUUGGAGACCCGGCGAGAGCGCGAUUUUCGCGACGAGACGCCUAUUCAUCUAUUUGACGACUUGCACGAUCAUCAACAUUGGAUUCUUCACAUGGCUCUGGUUUCACGGCUGCUUCAUCCGAAUGAACUUCACGUUUUAUCGGCGACACUUGAGCUGCACAUUCGAGACGUAUCGGGCAAUGCGCAAUUUUCCGAAUUUCGUCCUUCACAUCGCCGCAUUUCUCAACUUCUAUUGCUAUUCGUGCAUCAACUUCGUCAUAUUCUUCCUCUACAAUCCGAUCAUUCGGAAUACGAUUUGGAAAAUGUUGGCGAAAAAUGAGACGCGUGUCGACGCGCUCGAAUCGGGCACGAAUCCCGCUUGA